AUGUUAAAAAAUGUAAACACAAGAGGGGCAUUCUUGUGUGCCAAGGAAGCUGCCAACAGGUUGAAGCGCGGCGGCGGUGGUCGGAUUAUAUUAAUAUCAUCAUCGGCUGUAGCUUCAUUGUGGCCGGGAUUCGGAGCAUACGCUGCAUCUAAGGCAGCAAUCGAUGUUAUGGUAAAAAUACUAGUAAAGGAACUCAAAGGAACCGGUAUCACUGCAAACUGUGUGGCACCAGGGCCGACUGCGACGGAGAUGUUCUUUACCGGAAGAAGUAAAGAAGUGGUGCAGAGGUGUAUCGAUGAAUCUCCGGAUAAUCGGCUUGGUCGGAGCAAAGACGUCGCACUAGUUGUCGGUUUCUUGGCUACCGUUGUUAGGGAGUGGAUUAAUGGAGAAACCAUUCGCGUCAACAGCGGCUGUGCUUGAUACAUGUUUGAAUCUGCAUUGUAUGUUUGUAAGUAUGGAGUAUGCAUC